CUUGGGCUUCACCUGCAUUUCAAGGAAAGUCUCUGCAUUAGGAGUGUUAUCUGCCCAUGGGCUUUCAAGGAAGCAGGGCAGCAGCCAUCAAGACUAUCGUUCUCCAUAUACUGCUGUGCGUGCUAACUUUCUACACUGUCUAUUACAUGAUUGGGAGCGUUUGCUGCGGGGUGUUCAGGCUUAACUCCUUCAGUACACACCUCCCUUUUGAAUUUAAAACAGAGCCUUCCUACUCAAACCCCAACUAUUUAGUGAAUGUCAUUUCUAUGGAGUGCACCUUUUUUAGCAGCGGCUUCUUCUUUGCUGUGAUGCUGAAACGAUGGGUCUGGGACUAUUCACUCACGGUAACCUCUAUCCACUUGCUGUUGACCUGGGCAGGUGAGUUCACAGACGCUUUGAGGCUGGCAAAAGGAUCCUGCGUUUUGCUUUGAGCAGUGGGUUUGAAGGACUGGAGCUAAAGACCAUUUUGGAUUUCUUGUCCUGCUCAAAAAAGGACUUUUGCUUGCACUUUCUCCUGUGUGCAAAUCAAGUGAUGAUUUCUGUGCUGA